GCAAAGGUGAGCUACUAUUGGGUUUCCAUAGCUUCUAUUUAUAUGGGCUGGGAGAUACCACACGGCUGUGAUAAAGGCCCGUGCAAGACUCUACAAACCCUCAUCCUUGGAUACGCGUGCAUGCAGACGGCAUAUAUCUGAGGAAAGAUUUGGUGGGGAACCAUACAGGCUCAGGAGCGACGGGAACAGGUCGGUAGUAUCCCUAUCUUCAAAGUUAGCCGUUAUCACAUCGGCAGAACAGACAGCAUAUGUAACUUGAAUUUUUACCGAAACGGUAAGCAGGUAUAUCCGUAUCUGUUUGCUGAGAAGUGCAAUAUAUAUUUUCGCUAAUGAAGUAAACGACGUAUUUAUAUAUGUGGAAAGACAAAAUUCUGUACUGUGCUGGAUUCUGACGGCAUAAGCGUCAACGAAUUCACAACCAGUUUCGUCUUACAUACAGUAUACCAUAUAUCUGGUGAAUUUGGUCCUGGAUUCUACACGGGUUCUUAAUUCUGUGUGAUAUAUAGUGUGACCGACAUCAUAUUUGCUUGUGGACACAUUAAUAUUGACUAUUUCCGACACCUGAGGUGUUACACAUAAUGGGGUACAGUGUACAUAGAUUUGUUGGAUCAAUUGACCCCAACUUGUUCUGCGGUAUCUGCAGUUCUGUGCUAGAAGAAGCGGUUUUGACGCCGUGUGGUCAUAGUUUCUGUCAGCUUUGCUUGGACACGUGGUUGAAUUCCUCCGUGACCAGUACCUGUCCCGAAUGCCGUAGUGCGAUAGACCAUGUGGCCGUGAAACCAGUUCUGGCAUUGCGGAAUCUUAUAAAUGGCUUCGACAUCGAGUGUGACAACAACGAACGAGGCUGUAAGUCCAUUGUCAAACUUGACAGGCUGAAGAAACAUCUGGAAACAUGCUGUUAUCAAUUGGUUCAGUGUGCUGGAUGCGGGGAGUCCGUGAACAGAGUCGACCUGCCUACCCAUCAAGUGGAGUGCCAAGCCAUCGCCGCGGCCAUUUUAGAUGAGGAUACCGAUCAGAGCCUCUCCCAUGGAUCCGCUGCCCAGGGACUGAGGACUACUGAGAUAUCCGACUUGCUUUGCCGAGUAGCCUCGUUGGAAUUCCAGCUGAAAUGCCUUAGACGCCAGCUUCAAAUUGCGGAAUCCAAAAACAGACUGUUGGACCGAGAGUACAAAAAGACUAGAGACGCGUUGAAGGAACAGAGAAGGGAAAUUCACUCUCUGCAGCUAUCUGAUUUUGACUCCGUGUAUGACUGCGGCAACACACCGGCCAGCAUCGCUAAACUCUCACUUCUCAUUUCUAAGUACCUCCUUAGGAAGCCACUCCACGUGGACAGAGAUCGCGUAUUCAGCUGUUGCAGGCGAUGCUACGAACAGUAUUCGCGUUGUGGUGAUGAAUACGAACAUGAUGUGCAUAUGCUUAUCGCUACAGCUUAUGCCAGCAACUGGUUCGACAAUGACCAGAGACUUAGCUUUCAUUGCUGGCUGCAAAGCAUCGCCCGUUAUCGUCAGUUUACCCAUAACCUAUCUAUUUAAUGUCUAUGUGAAUGCUUGAAGUAACUGUGGAAUACUCACUGAUCGUAUAUUCACUGUAUAUUCAAUGAUUGCGUUAAUUCAACGUGACCGCCCACGUGAAAACUAGCACGAUAUUAUAUAUACAAGUUUUUUCUUUCAUUUCAUAUACAAUGAAAGACAGUUGGAUUCGUAUAUCGAAUAUACAUAAUACGCACUAACUUAUAUUUUGACUGAUCUUAUGUUUUGUGCUGAAUGAUUUGUAGUCAACGAAAACUGGAAGGCGAUUAAACACCAAUAAGGUAUAUAUCAUAUAAAACUAGGUCAGCUCAAUACGCCACGAGAAAGUAAUUGCAGUUGCAAACAUAGAGUACUAUAUAUGCCUUUGGCUAGAUUGCUCAGAAAUUGCUUAUAACGAAUAAGUCAUUAUAAGGACCUAUACUUAUAGGCCGUAGAAAUCAAGGAGAUAUCGGGAAGCACUAUAACAGAUGCAGUUGAGGGGAUUACACAAAAUGCUUUCACAUGCAACCCUGUACCAAUAUGCAGAAAUUGCCUGUAUACGUACGUCAUUACGAUUUACUGAUAAUUGGAGCUGAUUAAAUCGGGCAAUUGCUCUGAUGUCUGCACGCAUUGAUAUAUUGCAUUCCGUGCGAAG